GCCUCUUAUGUAAGGAGCUGAAGGGGAAAUAAAAUAUACAGGAUGAAAAGAUGGCAACGUUGCCACCCCCAGGACCUCAGAGCUUUGUCCACUUCACAAAACAGUCCCUUGCCCUCAUUGAACAACGCAUUGCUGAAGAAAAAGCAAAGGAACCCAAAGAAGAAAAGAAAGAUGAGGAGGAGGAUGGUCCAAAGCCAAGCAGUGACUUGGAAGCCGGCAAGCAGCUGCCCUUCAUUUAUGGAGACAUUCCGCCCGGCAUGGUGUCAGAGCCCCUGGAGGACCUGGACCCAUACUAUGCAGACAAAAAGACUUUUAUAGUAUUGAACAAAGGGAAAGCAAUCUUCCGUUUCAAUGCCGCACCUGCUUUAUACAUACUGUCUCCUUUCAGUCGUCUGAGAAGAAUAUCUAUUAAGAUUUUAGUACACUCCUUAUUCAGCAUGCUUAUCAUGUGCACUAUUCUGACAAACUGCAUAUUUAUGACCAUGAGUAGCCCUCCAGAAUGGACCAAAAAUGUAGAGUACACUUUUACUGGAAUAUAUACUUUUGAAUCACUUGUAAAAAUCCUUGCAAGAGGCUUCUGUGUAGGAGAAUUCACUUUCCUUCGCGACCCAUGGAACUGGCUGGAUUUUAUUGUCAUUAUUUUUGCGUAUUUAACAGAAUUUGUAAACCUAGGCAAUGUUUCAGCUCUUCGAACUUUCAGAGUAUUGAGAGCUUUGAAAACUAUUUCUGUAAUCCCAGGCCUGAAGACCAUUGUAGGGGCCCUGAUCCAGUCUGUGAAGAAGUUGUCUGAUGUCAUGAUCUUGACUGUGUUCUGCCUCAGCGUGUUUGCUCUAAUUGGGCUGCAGCUGUUCAUGGGCAACCUGAAGCAUAAAUGUUUCCGGGAUGAACUUGAAAAUAAUGAAACAUUAGAAAGCAUAAUGAAUACAUAUGAGAAUGAAGAAGACUUGAAAAAAUAUUUUUAUUACUUGGAGGGAUCCAAAGAUGCUCUCCUUUGUGGUUUCAGCACAGAUUCAGGUCAGUGUCCAGAAGGAUACUCCUGUGUGAAGGCUGGCAGAAACCCUGAUUAUGGCUACACAAGCUUUGACACUUUCAGCUGGGCCUUCUUAGCCUUAUUUCGGCUAAUGACCCAGGAUUACUGGGAAAACCUUUACCAACAGACACUGCGUGCUGCUGGCAAAACCUACAUGAUCUUCUUUGUUGUGGUGAUUUUCCUGGGCUCCUUUUAUCUAAUAAACUUGAUCCUGGCUGUGGUUGCCAUGGCCUAUGAAGAACAGAAUCAAGCAAACAUCGAAGAAGCAAAACAAAAAGAGCUAGAAUUUCAACAGAUGUUGGAUCGCCUCAAAAAAGAGCAAGAAGAAGCUGAGGCAAUAGCAGUGGCAGCAGCUGAAUAUACAAGUAUCGGGCGAAGCAGAAUUAUGGGUCUCUCAGAGAGUUCGUCUGAAACAUCCAGACUGAGCUCGAAAAGUGCUAAAGAAAGAAGAAACAGAAGAAGGAAAAAGAAUCAAAAGAAGCUCUCCAGUGGGGAGGAAAAAGGAGAUGAUGAGAAGCUGUCCAAAUCAGGAUCAGAGGAGAGCAUCAGAAGGAAAAGUGUCCACCUUGGUGUGGAAGGUCAUAGACGGACACGUGAGAAGAGACUGUCCACCCCUAAUCAGUCACCACUCAGCAUCCGUGGCUCCUUGUUUUCUGGAAGGCGCAGCAGCAGAACAAGUCUUUUCAGUUUCAAGGGUCGAGGAAAAGAUAUAGGAUCUGAGACUGAAUUUGCUGAUGAUGAACACAGCAUUUUUGGAGACAAUGAGAGCAGACGGGGCUCCCUGUUCGUGCCCCACAGGCCCCAGGAGCGACGCAGCAGUAACAUCAGCCAAGCCAGUAGGUCCCCCCCACGGCUGCCGGUGAACGGGAUGAAGCACAGUGCCGUGGACUGCAAUGGUGUGGUUUCCCUGGUUGAUGGACCCUCAGCCCUCAUGCUCCCCAAUGGACAGCUUCUGCCAGAGGGAACAACUAAUCAAAUACACAAAAAAAGACGUUCCAGUUCUUAUUUCCUUUCAGAGGAUAUGCUAAAUGAUCCCCAUCUAAGACAAAGAGCAAUGAGCAGAGCAAGCAUAUUGACCAACACUGUAGAAGAACUUGAGGAGUCCAGACAGAAAUGUCCACCUUGGUGGUACAGAUUUGCACACACAUUUUUGAUCUGGAAUUGCUCUCCCUAUUGGAUAAAAUUCAAAAAGUUUAUCUAUUUCAUUGUAAUGGAUCCUUUUGUAGAUCUUACAAUUACCAUUUGCAUAGUUUUAAACACAUUAUUUAUGGCUAUGGAGCACCACCCAAUGACUGAAGAAUUCAAACAUGUGCUCACUGUAGGAAAUUUGGUCUUCACUGGAAUUUUUGCAGCUGAAAUGGUUUUAAAACUAAUUGCCAUGGAUCCAUAUGAAUACUUCCAAGUAGGCUGGAAUAUUUUUGACAGCCUUAUUGUGACUUUAAGUUUAGUAGAACUUUUUCUAUCAGAUGUGGAAGGAUUAUCAGUUCUGCGAUCAUUCAGACUGCUCCGUGUCUUCAAGUUGGCAAAAUCUUGGCCCACACUGAAUAUGCUAAUAAAGAUCAUUGGCAAUUCCGUGGGKGCACUGGGAAACCUCACCUUGGUGUUGGCCAUCAUUGUCUUCAUUUUUGCCGUGGUUGGCAUGCAGCUCUUUGGAAAGAGUUACAAAGAAUGUGUCUGCAAGAUCAAUGAAGACUGCACGCUCCCACGCUGGCACAUGAACGACUUCUUCCACUCCUUCCUGAUUGUGUUCCGAGUGCUGUGUGGAGAGUGGAUAGAGACCAUGUGGGACUGUAUGGAGGUUGCUGGUCAAGCCAUGUGCCUCAUUGUUUACAUGAUGGUCAUGGUGAUUGGAAACCUAGUGGUUCUGAACUUAUUUCUGGCUUUAUUGCUGAGUUCAUUUAGUUCUGACAAUCUCACAGCAAUUGAGGAAGACACGGAUGCAAACAACCUCCAGAUUGCUGUGGCCAGAAUCAAAAAGGGAAUAAAUUAUGUGAAACAGACCUUGCGUGAACUCAUUUUAAAAACAUUUUCCAAAAAGCCAAAAAUGUCCAGGGAGAUAAGACGAGCAGAAGAUCUAAAUGGCAAAAAACACAACUAUAUCUCAAACCGUACACUUGCUGAAAUGAAUAAAGAUCACCCCUUCCUCAAGGGAAAAGAUAAAACCAGCGGGUUUGGAAGCAGUGUGGACAGAAGCUUGAUGGAAGGAAGCRACUGUCAAUCCUUUAUUCAUAAUCCCAGCCUCACAGUGACAGUGCCAAUUGCACCUGGAGAAUCUGAUUUGGAAAAUAUGAAUACUGAGGAACUUAGCAGUGAUUCAGACAGCGACUACAGCAAAGAGAGAUUAAGCCGAUUGAGUUCCUCUGAGUGCAGCACAGUUGAUAACCCUCUGCCAGGAGAAGGAGAGGAAGCCGAGGCUGAACCUGUGAAUUCAGAUGAGCCAGAAGCCUGUUUUACAGAUGGUUGUGUUCGGAGAUUCCCAUGCUGCCAAGUUAACAUAGAGUCAGGGAAAGGAAAAAUCUGGUGGAAUAUCAGGAAAACCUGCUAUCGGAUAGUUGAACACAGUUGGUUUGAAAGCUUCAUUGUUCUCAUGAUCCUCCUCAGCAGUGGAGCUCUGGCUUUUGAAGAUAUAUAUAUUGAAAAGAAAAAGACCAUUAAGAUUAUUCUGGAGUAUGCUGACAAGAUAUUCACCUACAUCUUCAUUCUGGAAAUGCUUCUAAAAUGGGUGGCAUAUGGUUAUAAGACAUAUUUCACCAAUGCCUGGUGUUGGCUGGAUUUCUUAAUUGUUGAUGUUUCUUUGGUUACUUUAGUUGCAAACACUCUUGGCUACUCAGACCUUGGCCCCAUUAAAUCUCUUCGGACGCUGAGAGCUUUAAGACCUCUAAGAGCCUUAUCUAGGUUUGAAGGAAUGAGGGUGGUUGUGAAUGCACUCAUUGGAGCAAUCCCUUCCAUCAUGAAUGUGCUUCUUGUGUGCCUAAUCUUCUGGCUGAUAUUUAGCAUCAUGGGAGUAAACUUGUUUGCUGGCAAGUUCUACGAGUGUGUUAACACCACAGAUGGGACACGGUUUCCUCAAAAUCAAGUUGAAAAUCGUUCUGAGUGUUUUGCCCUGAUGAAUGGGAGCACAAACGUGAGAUGGAAAAACCUGAAAGUGAACUUUGACAAUGUUGGGCUUGGUUACCUGUCUCUGCUUCAAGUUGCCACAUUUAAGGGAUGGAUGGACAUCAUGUAUGCAGCAGUUGAUUCUGUUGAUGUAAACAAGCAGCCGAAAUAUGAAUACAAUCUUUACAUGUAUAUGUAUUUUGUCAUCUUUAUCAUCUUUGGGUCAUUCUUCACUUUGAACUUGUUCAUUGGUGUCAUCAUAGAUAAUUUCAACCAACAGAAAAAGAAGCUUGGAGGUCAAGACAUCUUUAUGACAGAAGAACAGAAGAAAUACUAUAAUGCAAUGAAAAAGCUGGGGUCCAAAAAACCACAAAAGCCAAUUCCUAGGCCAGGGAACAAAUUCCAAGGAUGUAUAUUUGACCUCGUAACAAACCAAGUUUUUGAUAUUACUAUCAUGGUUCUGAUCUGCCUCAACAUGGUAACCAUGAUGGUAGAGAAAGAGGGACAAAGUGACUACAUGACUUAUGUUUUAUAUUGGAUAAAUGUGGUUUUUAUUAUCCUUUUUACUGGAGAAUGUGUGCUCAAGCUGAUCUCCCUCAGACAUUACUACUUCACUGUAGGAUGGAACAUUUUUGAUUUUGUGGUUGUGAUCCUCUCCAUUGUAGGUAUGUUUCUUGCUAAGCUGAUAGAAAAAUAUUUUGUGUCCCCAACCCUGUUCCGAGUGAUCCGUCUUGCCAGGAUUGGCCGAAUCCUACGUCUGAUCAAAGGGGCUAAGGGGAUCCGCACACUGCUCUUUGCUUUGAUGAUGUCCCUUCCUGCCUUGUUUAACAUUGGCCUCCUGCUCUUCCUGGUCAUGUUCAUCUACGCCAUCUUUGGAAUGUCUAACUUUGCCUAUGUUAAGAAAGAAGCUGGAAUUAAUGACAUGUUCAACUUUGAGACCUUUGGCAACAGCAUGAUUUGCCUCUUCCAAAUCACCACCUCUGCUGGCUGGGAUGGAUUGCUGGCACCUAUUCUCAAUAAUGGCCCACCUGACUGUGACCCAAAAAAAGUUCAUCCAGGAAGUUCAGUUGAAGGAGACUGUGGGAACCCUUCUGUUGGGAUUUUCUAUUUUGUCAGUUACAUCAUCAUAUCCUUUCUGGUCGUGGUGAACAUGUACAUCGCUGUCAUCCUGGAGAACUUCAGUGUUGCUACUGAAGAAAGUGCAGAGCCCCUGAGCGAGGAUGACUUUGAGAUGUUCUAUGAGGUUUGGGAGAAGUUUGAUCCCGAUGCAACCCAGUUUAUAGAAUAUAGCAAACUCUCUGAUUUUGCAGCUGCCCUGGAUCCCCCUCUUCUCAUAGCAAAACCAAACAAAGUCCAGCUCAUUGCUAUGGACCUGCCAAUGGUCAGUGGUGACCGGAUUCACUGUCUUGACAUUUUAUUUGCUUUUACAAAGCGUGUUUUAGGUGAAAGUGGAGAGAUGGAUUCUCUUCGUUCACAGAUGGAAGAAAGGUUCAUGUCUGCAAAUCCUUCUAAAGUAUCCUAUGAACCCAUCACAACUACACUAAAACGAAAACAAGAGGAUGUAUCUGCUACUAUCAUUCAGCGUGCUUAUAGACGUUACCGCUUGCGGCAAAAUGUUAAAAAUAUAUCAAGCAUAUAUAUAAAAGAUGGAGACAAAGAUGAUGAUUUGCCCAAUAAAGAAGAUAUAGUUUUUGAUAAUGKUAAUGAGAACUCAAGUCCAGAAAAAACAGAUGCAACCCCAUCCACUGUCUCCCCACCUUCAUAUGAUAGUGUAACAAAGCCAGAUAAAGAGAAAUAUGAAACAGAYAACACAGAAAAGGAACACAAAGGAAAAGAUGGCAAGGAAAGUAAAAAAUAGAGCUUCAUUUUGACGUGUUGUUUACAGCCUGCAAAGGUGAUUUAUUUGUGUCAAUAAGACUCUUUUAAGGAGGUGUAUGCCAAACUCUUUUUAUUGAAACAUUCUCKAAGACAGUCCAGUAACAAGCUCUGAUUCUCUAAGACAGGUGGGCAGCCUUAGCAGAUGGCUAUUUUUGCAUUGAUAAAUGAUUCUGCAAGAAUUGUAUAAGUAACUCUGGAGGAAUUCAUCAUCACAGCAAACAAAGGUGAUUUGAUAUUUUUAACAUAUCAGAAGACCAUGUAGAAAAUUUUCAUAUCUGCUUACUUCUCACUAGCUCGUACUUA